AUGGAUGAAAAGAUAAGGAGAUCGAACUCAAUUCGCCCAGAUCCAACUUCCAGUGACCCAUCUCUCGUCGGCGCUCGCUGGAGAAGACGAUCUGAAGAUGAGGAAAGAAAGAAGGCAAAGAAGCUGCCGACGACUUUGGCAGCGGAGGAAGCAGGAGACGACUUUGGCAGUAGAGCAUGCUGCCGACCAAUGCCCUCCCUCUCCAUUCUCUUCUCCUCGCUCGGAUCUUCGGCGACAGAGAACACAAAUCCCGGGAGGGAUCCUCAACGAUGGAGGGAGCUUUCCUCGUCUUCAAUCGGGCCACCAAUAACCACAUGCAAGUGA